AUAGGUGGAGAGGCGACAGAAGGCGGGACCUAUUGAGCUGAGGUUCCCAGACUGUGCGGCGCGUCCGAGAAUCUUCACCAAAAGACGACAGAGGCUCCGAGAGUCCUGCCGCAGGCGCGACAAAUGACUAGGUCUCCCCUCACAUCCGAGCUCCCGUCCCUGCCAAGGUGCCUGCGCCCUUCCCUCGACCCUACCCAGCUUUAUCGGUCUAGGAUUCGUGAAAACUACAACUCCCAGAGCUCCUCGCACCGAACGCUCAGCUCCAUAAACCAGGUGGUUCGGGUCAGGUGACAGCUGGCUCCGCCCUCGCACAAAGUCAGCGGAGCCCGAAGAGUUCUUUACAUUCUGAAGAGGCAUCUGGCGCGAGAUUGCUGCUUUCCGUGAGGUCAGUCCACCGAGCCUGGGAAGCUGUCAGUUCUGAGAAGUCAGAGAACAUGAUGAGGAAUUGCCUGCUUAUUUUGAUCCUUUUCCUCUUGAACAUCAUAGAGAAAUGCGAGUCAGCUGUCAGUCUCACGGUUCCUCCCACUGUGAAGCUGGAAAAUGGCAGUUCAACCAAUGUCAGCAUCACCCUUGGGCAUCCAUUAAAUGCAACCUUGGUGAUCACUUUUGAAAUCACAUUUCGUUCAAAAAAUCUUACUAUUCUGGAGCUUCCUGAUGAAGUCAUAGUGCCUCCGGGAGAGAAGAAUGCCUCUUUCCAAGUGACUUCUCAAAAUGUUGGACAAGUGACUGUUUAUCUGCACGGCAAUCAUUCCAACCAGACCUGUCCCAGGAUUCGGUUCUUGGUGAUACAUAGCAGAAUCGUUAGCAUCAUAAACCAGGUGAUUGGCUGGAUCUACUUCGUGGCCUGGUCUGUCUCCUUCUACCCACAGGUGUUCCAGAACUGGAGGCGGAAAAGUGUCAUUGGUCUCAGCUUUGACUUCUUAGCCCUGAACUUGACCGGCUUCGUGGCCUACAGUGUUUUCAACGUUGGCCUUUUAUGGGUACCCUACAUCCAGGAGCAGUUUCUCCUCAAAUAUCCCAAUGGUGUGAACCCUGUCGACAGUAAUGACGUCUUCUUCAGCCUGCAUGCAGUCGUUCUCACCCUGGUUGUCAUCCUGCAAUGCUGCCUGUAUCAGCGAGGCAACCAGCAUGUGUCAUGGCCCUCCAUUGGCUUCCUGGUACUCGCAUGGCUCUUUGUGUUAGUCACCAUGAUUGUGGCUGCAGUCGGUGUGACCACAUGGCUACAGUUCCUCUUCUGCUUCUCCUACAUCAAGCUCGCCGUCACGCUGAUCAAGUAUUUUCCACAGGCCUACAUGAACUUUUACUACAAAAGCACCGAGGGCUGGAGCAUUGGCGGUGUGCUUCUGGACUUCACAGGGGGCAGCUUUAGCCUCCUCCAGAUGUUUCUCCAGUCUUACAAUAAUGACCAAUGGACACUGAUCUUCGGAGACCCAACUAAGUUUGGACUUGGCGUCUUCACCAUCUUCUUUGAUGUUGUCUUCUUCAUCCAGCACUUCUGUUUGUACAGAAAGAAACCAGGGUACGAACAGAUGAACUAGAACCCAGAGACCCAGUAUAAACAGCCAGGGCCUGGGCUCUGGUAGGAAAAGUUGUAUCCUGCGAAGGCCAGAGAAGCAGCUGAUGUACAGGGCUGGUACAGUAUGCCGACGGAGAAGCACUCUCUUCAAGGGCCAAAUGCCUUAAACUCAGCCUGCCUGCCUUCAUCCUGGCCCCACCUGAGCCACAGAGGACUUCCUUUCUGGGACAGACACCUGACUCUACCCCAAGGCUGAAAGCCAGACUUGACGUGGUCUCUCCAACCUAAAGUUCCAGCCCCCUGCUGGGAGGCACCCAGCCCUCCUGCAUCUUGAUAUGCCAUCUCUCUUUUCUUUAAGGCUUCAAGCAGCACACACAGAUCCUGACAGCCAACCCAGACAGAACUGGGCACCAAGUUUGCAGCCGAUGGCCUUGCCCCAAACCACCAGUAUUUCUGGAAGCAGCUUGAAGGGCUAACCUUACAGCUGGGAGAGCCAACGGUGCUUCCACCGCUGUGUUCACAGGGACCAAGCGGCCAGGUGCUGUGGCUAAUGGACUCGAAGGUGCUGAUGCUGGUGGUGGAGGGGAAAGAACUCUGGGGUGAGGCUCUGGGGUCCUUUCUCUGAAGGCCACAUUUCUGAUACUCAUUCUAUAUAACUCUGCUUCAGUAACUGUAGGACAUGUGGCCCAGGCCAGUGCCUGGUAAAGUAUAUUUCUGAUCCCUGAGGUGCCUGCCAGAUCAGUGUGAAGCAGACUCACACCAACUGCCCUCUGGAUCGUUACAUACAAAGACAGAUAUCACAGUAACUUUUUGAUUUUUUUUUUUAACACUGAGGGAUAUUUUGAAAUGGCUUGUUUUCUUUUGACCUCUUUCUUACCUCUACUUUCUGAGAGUCAGAUGGAGCCCCAUCUGAGUUCCCCACCCCUACUGCUCCUAACCUUACACCUAUGGAGCAGGCACUCAGUACCAGCCUGUGCCUUCGAGACCCAUCAGUCAAUCAAGCUGUAAGAGUAGCUCCCCUAGAGGGGAGCGCAGGCUCCUUCCCCUAAUCCCAAACUAGAACUCCAGUUUCUUAGCUGUUGAGGAGCCUCAGAAAAGCAAGCCCUCACCACCUAUAAUGCUUAUGGGUCCCACCUUGACCCCAAACCUCCCUUCUCAUUCCAAGUUGUCCUCCUAUGCCAGACAGGGAAGGAACCAGGGUGUGCCUUGAGUUUAUCAAUCUGCUCUUUUUGCUUUCUACAAGACUAAUACUGAGGGCCCGUUAUACUUCUCAUUCUUGUGUAUUUUUUUGUGAUUGUAUCUUGUUUCAUUUUGGUGGAGUAUAUGUCCUUAAUUAAAAGGUGGCAAUGCA